CAUUACCUCGAGCGAGAGAAUAAACAACGUCAAAAAAUCAAAACCAGUGCAGCGGUAUGCAGAACAAUAGAGUGGUUUGAUGGUGGUUUGAUGCGUAUCAAAACAAAACAAUAGAGUGGUUUGAGGUUUUCCCUUCCCAGCAACGCACUAGUAAAGCAUACUCCGCCUCGGCAUUAACGAUUUCAUUUCGGAUUGUUAUCCCAGGUUGACUCUCUCUUCAUUAUAUCUCGUCCAGGGAGGAUUAUAAGGUUUAUAUCUUCAGUAAUUGUUGAAUCGCUAGCUCACUAAUUAAGAAAUGAAAGGGGGAAACUCGGGUUGUACCUCUUCUGAAAAAGACAGAAUCAGUAACUUACCAGAUUCCCUAGUUCACCACAUUUUAUCUUUCGUCGAUACAAAAUUUGUGGUUCAGACUUGCGUUCUGUCUAAAAGAUGGCAGUAUACUUGGACUUCCAUGCCCGUGCUGAACUUUUGUCACCAUCAUAAAUCAGAUGAUGCUGAAGACCGUGAUGAUGAAGGGGAUAAUUUGACUAACCGCUUUAUAACUGAUGAAGAUUGUGAUGAUGAAGGAGAAAAUUUGACCAACUGCUUUAUAACAUUUGUCGACAAGGUACUCAGUCUUCGUGACAACAACUCUGAUAUACAAAGGUUUCAUCUAGAAUGUUCUGUAUGUUAUACGGUCUGGGAUGACUUAUAUGGAAGUAUAAAAAGAUGGGUUACUGCUGCUGUCAGCCAUAAUGUGCAGGAACUUCAUAUUGAGGCUAAACCUGAUGAGGAUUUUGAGAUUCCUCUUUGUCUCUAUACAUGUGACUCGUUGACAAAGCUGGAUCUGGAAUUGACUGGUUUUCAAGAGGAUGAUGAGGACUAUUUCUCCAAGAUCAUUCUACCUCAUACUAUGAGUUUGCCUCGGCUCAAAUCACUGGAUCUAAGACUUUCAUAUAUAUUGUUUAGUGAUGAGAAAUUGACGAGUAAGUUCUUUUCAAGUUUUCCUAAUCUAGAGUCGUUGGUAAUAGUUUAUUGGGGACGAGAUGAAGGUGGCUUUCUUGAUAUGAAUCUCUAAAAUUUCAUUGCCUCAACUCAAGCAUUUUAAAUUCAAUAGUCUGGAAGAAGAAUGGAAUAGUGAGGUUACACUGCAUGCUCCAAGUCUGUCAUCCUUUAUUUUCAACACUCACUUCUCCACAACUUUCACCCUGGAGAAUGUCUCAUCUCUAGUCACUGCUGAUGUUGAAAUAAAAGUUAAUGAGGAAUAUCAAUUGUCCAGUAGUUAUGGCCAGCGUUUUAUGAGAUUUUUCAGAGGGCUUCAUAAAGUGAAAGUCUUAACAUUAAGGCAUUCUUUCAUCAAGGCUUUAGGUGGAGCUCUUGUUAUAUUAGACACUCAGCUGCUCGAAUUUUGUAAUUUACAAUGCUUGGAGAUGCGGACCUACCUCUCGAAGUGUUGCCUGCGUUCUAUCUUCUAUGUGCUAAAGAUUUCUCCUAAUUUAGAAUCUGUUUCCCUGCAGAUACCACAGGAAUGUUACUACGACCCUCAAGAGUAUCCACAUUUUGACGAGGUAAAGAUUAAUCAUGAAAACGUAGAAGACUACUGGUACGCAGGGUUGUCUUCGCAAUGCAUGAUACGUCACCUGAAGUUUGUUGAGAUUGAUGGUCUUCGUGGAUGUAUUUAUGAGCUGAAGUUUCUGGAAAUUCUGUUGAAACAUGUGACGGUUUUGGAGAAAGUGGUACUUGCCUAUCAUUCUACUAAGCAAGACUGGUUGAGGGAGAAACGAAUGAAGAAAUUCAACGAGAUGCUGCUAAGGUUUCCAAGGGCCUCUAAAAAUAUCAAUUUCUUGUUUAAAUUCAGCAAGGUGACUUUGCCUAGUAGUUUUUGGUAGCUAGUUUAUAGAUAAUGAAUAAUGAAACUGAAGAUGGACCUUCAAUCUUACUUGUUACGGUUCAAUGUUUUUGCCCAGUGAAAGUUUAUUGAUGAUUACAUGCAUCUCCGAUGUUCUGAUUUCUGGUCACUCUACUCAGGUGCUCCUUGAACAGUUGUAGAAAACUUUUGAAAAGCGGGUUGUUUGGACCAGAGAGUCACUUGUAGAAUUCAUUGGAUUCAGAAGGCAUCUAAUAUAGCUGAGAAAUGAAAGUCAUCUUAUUGACAGUUCUGAAAUUUGUAUAUGUUAUAGAUUUUGCGAACUGAGAUAAUGUCCCAUGCAACCAACACCAGCUCCUUCUCACAGAAAGUUCAAAUCAAAGAAGUGUUACCUAAAACUAUUUGAACUUGGAGCAAGUAGUGAUGCAUUUUAGUUGCAGAUUUUUGUCAUAGGUGAUCAACUCACUAGACCUCCCGAC